UGUAGUGCGCGCUUCCUUGGUGCACGCCGCCCUGGGACCGCUUUUCCUUCCGCACUGGGACAUGCUCCGUUACCGGGAGAAGUUUCUCCAGGAAAGGCUAAAUACCCUUGGACGCUACUGGUGAGCGAGAGACACCAGCUUACCGCUGCUGCUGCCAGGCCUCGGAUGAUCCCUGCCUUCUGAGCCGUCCAGAGCAGCCCCGUAGGCCGUAGCGGGCGUGGGAUGGACUCGCCGGUUGGUCAGUGGCUCUGCCUUCCGUAGCCCGCAGGGUUCCGCCCGGGACGCGCGGUUUAGUUUAGUAGCUGCGGUCUCCUUACCUGUUUGGGUUCUCAGCAGCGCAGAGCACCGGUGCCAUCUAGGCCAGUGGAGGCCAGUUCUCCCGCUGGCCAGGUGCUCGGGAUACCAGUCAUCUGUGAACCGUGGGGCUGUGCGACACUCAAGCCAGCUUACCACACUUCCAACUGUGUCACACUCCCAAGGCGGCUCCUUUAGUCACAAGGUUUCCCCAAGGUCACCUUUUUGUAAUUCUCAUAGAUUGAGCUACAGGAUGAGACAUAUCUCCACAAACAAGCAAGCAGAUACUUUUAAAAAUAAACAAAUCAAUUUUGAUUUUGUUUUCUAAUGCCGCUUUUGUGGUCAGAGUUGAAAAGAAACAUUUUAAAAUUAGGUUCAGGAAGAGACUCUUCCCCCGAGUCCCCGGAUGUUUUAUUUCGGAUCAAGCUGGUUCAGACCAAGAACAGUUUGUAGUUCAAACAAAAAGAAACAUCCUCGUUACUUGAAAUUUGAAUUUGGGGGAUCAAUUUGAUAGUAAUGAGACAAGAGUAACCAAGGCUAACCAGUUGUUUUACAGAUUCUAUUGGAAUGGAUUUAGAGCUGCCGAGAUGGAAACAAAACACGUGAAUGAAGGCCAGUUUUUAUACUGUCACAGUACAUCUGACUUCUAGCACAGAUGAUCUCUCUCUUUUUUAAACCAAAGAAAAAUUGUGCUAAGAAAGGAAAAGAAAUCUCUAUUUUGGAGACCUGUCCGUUAUAAACAUGUUCCGUCUACGAGGCGUCUCUCUACUCUCUUGGAGAGCGUUUCCGUUCCGCCCCUUCAGUUGUGAGUCAUUAAUUGUUCAGAUGCAGAACUGUGCAGAUGAAGAACAAGUGUUUGAUCUUAUUGAGAGAAAUAAGGCCACGCUCUCAGAACAGCAAGUGGGCUGUGCAUUUAACGUACUUUGGCAGUUUCAGAAGCAGAAGACCAUCUUGGAGAAAAAUGUUGAGCGCGUUAGAAACCAUCCUCAGUUUCUUAGUCUUUGCAGUGUUACGACCCAUCACAUCCCAGCAAUGAAUGAUGUCACCCUGGUGGAUGUGUUAUACAGCAUAAAACAGUUUGCAGUUGAAUCCCAUCACCCACUAAUUGAGGCCCUGGUCACAGAAGCGUGGCGAAGACUGGAAAGGUUCGAUAUUAAUGUGCUGUCAAUAUUUUCUACUUGCCUGGCCGAUCAGCACUUGUAUUUUAGUCCAUUAAUGGGAAAAAUAGCUGACAUUGUGAAUAGGAAACUGGAAACCAUACAGGACUUAAGGGCCUUGUCUGUCUUGAUGGUCAGCAUUUCUUCUUUAAUAUCUCCGUGCUUUCAAGAACGACUGCUGACCAGAGCAGAACUUCUUUUCGACACUGUAGAUUCUUCCAAGGUCAAUAUUGCAAGGAGGAUACUACUGUUCCUUCGGAAUGUCAAGCACAGUCACUACCCACUGUUAGAGAGGUGCAAUCAGGUGUUCAUCAGAAAUGUGAGCCAUCUUGACUUGGAGUCCAUCAGUCGAAUCCUUAGUCUGUAUCAGUCUCUACAGUUCCACAGCUUUGAAUUUAUCGAGGUGGCUCGAGGGAGGCUGGCUGAGCUGAGCCUCCCUUCUGACCAUCCCGAAAGCUUCGUCAGACUGUUUGCUGCGCUGGGGCCGGUGGCCAGGCCUGAGAUAAGGAAACAGCUUAAAUCAACUCUACUGCUGCUGUCAGAGGAGCUGAGCAGCCAGCAAGCGCUGACCGUGUUGGGAGCAAUGGAAGACAUGGAGAGCAGAGACUCACACUUGAUUAAAAAGAUCGUCUCUGUCCUAUACAAACAUUUGGAUAACUGUAAAUCAGUAGAGCUAUUGAAGAUAAUACAAGCGCUGACGUUUCUACACUUCCAAAGUAAGGAGCUUUUUAUGAAACUCAGAGAAGUACUUCUCAGUCGUUUGGAAGCUGGUGUCACACCCAGCGAGGUUUCCGUUCUGGUCUCUGCUAUCUCCAUGCUUCCAUAUCCUCACCUCAACGAAACAGCCAUGUCCCGAAUUGAGACAGUUUUACCACAGUGCGACUUCAGGGAACUGAGUGAUUUGGUAGUGUGUCUCAUGCGCUGGAUUCAGAAUGAUCACGUGUGCUCGGCCAGCACUGCUGGGAAGCAACUGGACCUCCUUCAACAACUGGAUCACUGGGGCCAUCGCCGGCUGCAGCAGAGCACCAGCUUGGAUCUACUGUGGGAGGAGCUUAAGUCUGUGAAGGGAGAGUGGCUUCAUGAGUCCUUGGUUGAAGAAUCAAUCACCGCUUUGCAGCGCUUUAUGGAUGAGAUCGAUCACAGCAAUGUCGCCAAGAUCGCAUCUUUCCUUUCCAAAACUAACUACCUCAGCACUCCGCUGCUCGACAGGAUAGCUUCGGUGGUCGUUGAGAAGAUUGAGAAGGUGAAACUUAAAUAUUUUUUAGGUACAUUGGAUCCUGGGACAUUAGUGUUUCUUGGUUUCUCUAUGGCUACACUUGAAUAUUUUCCAGAAGAUCUGCUAAAGAAAAUGUUUAACAUCGAGUUCCUAGCCAGAUUAGAUUCCCAGCUUGAAAUUUUACCUUCAAGUCUCAGUGCAAGGAUCCAGUUCCGCCUUAUGGAGUUAAAUAGAGCCGUCUGCUUGGAGUGCCCCGAGCUGCAGGUCCCGUGGUUUCAUGACCGCUUUUGUCAGCGACAGUUUAACAAAGAUACCGGUGUUAUGAAUGGAGCGCAACAACAGAUCUAUAAAAUGUUAGCAGAGGUCCUGGGAGGACACCGAUGUGUAAAGCCUUCGGCUCUUUCACCGUAUUACCACACAGUGGAUUUUUAAUGCAUUUUGGAUAAACCCCUGCCUUUAUGAAAGCCACACAGCGUAACUCCAGGAAAAUCCCCAGGAGUACACGGGGAUUCAAAUACUUCAAGAGCGGAGCCAAGGCUUCCACCAGAAGCUGAGAGGAUUGCUAUAGAAUUUUUGGAUGUAAGAGCCUUUUGUUCAAACAUUCUUCACUUAAAAGGAAAAUCUGCUAUGAAAAAGCGGCAUUUGGAAAUCUUGGGCUAUCGUGUUAUUCAGGUCCCCUACUUUGAAUGGAACUCCAUGGCAAUGUCAACGAAGGAUACACGGAGAGAAUACCUGAGAGAACAGAUAUUUGGAGCAGGCAGAUCAUGACUGUAGGUUUUUUUUUCCCUCCAUCUUUAUUAAAUUGGGUAUUUCUUAUU